AUUUACUCCGCCAUCUGCAUUGUAGAGACGCGAAAUAUCAAAUAACCAAAAGCUCUCAUUGUGCACUCCAGCUCUUCUUCCAUUCACCGGUCAAGAGCUUUGCAUGAAACAAGAACACAGGACAGCCUUCCGUCUCGCUGCUUGACUGGCGUCUAUCUUCCCCGCAGACACUUUCAGCUCCUAAAUUUGACUUUUUAUGGCGGCCACCAAUGCAGGAACGCACAUUGAAAGUUCAUGCCGCUCCUCAGCUACUGUGCGAUCAUAGGCCAGAAGCUUUCAGGUACUACCCGAGAGACACGACUACUUCGCCACAAAGUAAGGAAUGCGAAGUACGAAGGUAGCUGUGGAGCCGCAAUCUCGCUUACUGUUGUCCUAUGCCUCGACGAGCGACAGCAGCAGCGGGAACGUGGUCGAGCGACUGCCAGUGUGACAAACCUUCUACAGACUUUGCACUCGCAUUGGUCACAUUGUUCCGGGGCUGUGGACGCCUCAUGGAAAGAUAUCGGUCAGAACUUGCUCCUGCAAACGAAUAGACUGAAGGCUGAGUGGCCGGACACGAAAGACAAGUAAAGUGCCAUUCUACUACACAUUCCAACAACGCACACUUGAUCGCUUCGUUGUCACCAUGCGUACUUCAUUUGCUGC